UUCACUCAAGACACCAAGACCCUAUUUCUUGACUUCAUCUCUGCUCUUUCAGGUUUUGAUUAUUACCAAAUCCCAAUUGAGAUGGAACAUGAAACAGCUCUAAGCGACUCAGGGCAGGAGAAGAUCCAAGACUGUGAUUACCAGAUUGAGGUGGCAGCAAGUUGCUCACUAUCUGAUAGUAUUUCAGUGUCAAGUGAAGUAAGCAUGUCUAAGAUCCCACAUGAUACCAUAAUAGACAUACUCUCUCGACUUCCUGUCAAGUCUAUCUGUCGAUUUAGGUGUGUGUCAAAGACAUGGCUCCAUCUGACCUAUGAACCGCACUUCGUUGCAACCCACCUCAGCCGACACCAGAAGCAGAAACUUAUUCUGAGUUCUAAUAAGUCUCUCUUCUCCUUGGACCAAGAAGGACCUAUAGAUGAUGAUAUGUUACCCUCAGAGCUUGACUAUCCUCUCAAGGGCGAUUUCAACAAUGAGUGGAUUCAAAUGCUUGGUUCCUGUAAUGGUUUGGUCUGCAUUAUGCCUCAACCAGAAGCAUUCUUUGUGUUUAAUCCUUCGACUCGGGAGUCCGUGAGAGUACCCCACUGCCCCAUGUCAAGCCAUGCUGAUCACCCAGAGGAGGUGGGUUAUGAUGUUGAUGUACAUGGGUUUGGUUAUGCUCCUUCUGUCAAGGAUUACAUGUUCGUUAACAUUUAUAAGGGCCGCUUUGUGUUCAUCUUUUCACUGAGAAACAAAUCAUGGACAAGAGUUCAAGACUUUCCUUACAAAUAUCUUUUGAAUGAUUCAGAGACUCUUCUCAAAGGAGCUGUCCACUGGUUGUGCAUGGGCCCUGGUCCCCUCCCUGUAAUCGCUGCUCUAGAUUUAGCGCAAGGGAAGUUUUCAGGCUUAUCCCCACCUGAAUCUGUUGUAGAUUCUAAUAGCUAUACACCUGGUGUCUUAAGGGACUGUCUUUGUUUGCUACACCACAAUGAUCAUGAGAGGCAGCGUAUAUUCUGGAUUAUGAAAGAGUAUGGUGUGAAGGAGUCAUGGACCAAGAUUUUGAUAGCCGAGCCAUUUUUCUCUUUGCAGCCAUUAUGUUACUGGAAGAAUACCAAGAUUUUGGCGGCAAGAAACCGGAGGAAAAUUCUUCUGUUCAAUCCGAGGGAUGGAACUUGUAAAAAUUUAUUGGCAAACGGCCUCCAGGUUCCAUUCUAUGCAGAUGUGUAUGUGGAGAGUCUUGUUUCUCCCAACUUUCGGCUGAGCUAAAUUGCUGUGUUUAAGUUGGCGUAUGCUUACCUGCUUCAAUGUUUAUGCACUAGGUACUUGUCGUA